UUUCUAAAGUCAUCUCUUUUCUUUAACACUUCAAGUUCGGACACACAUCUCUGCACUUCUUUCUCUCUCUAAACCCUAAAUAAAAGCACCACAUCUCUUACCGAACCACUAAAACACUCGUCACGCGCCACGAACUCCCUCCACAUUCCCCACUUAUUACUGUCUCUCUCUCUCUCUCUCUCCCCCUCUCCCCUCUCCGUCUAUGGCGUCGGACGCCGUCAAGUAUACGCCGAUUCACAACGGAACAACCACUACAACAACAACCGCCGCAGCAGCCGAAAUCAAGAGCUUCUUCUCCGCCGUGAAACCGAGAAAAACCUCAACUUUCGCUUACGCCUUUGUGAUCACCUUCGUAUGCUUCACUCUGUUCUUUGCCUUUAGUCCUUCUACAAACUCGUCUUCCCCUUGGUUCUCCAACAUCUUCUCUUCCUUCUCCUCCACCACCGCUCCUUCAUCAUCAGACAACAACACUUCCGGAUCUCACUUCUCUUCGAUCUUCUCCUACAUCAUCCCUAACAUCACUUCAACUGUUCCCACCAACGGAUCUACCGACGCCACCAACAGUACUUCGCAAGCACCGAUUGCUAAAGACAAAACCUUUAAAUCUCCGGUCGUAAACGGAACCAACCCAGUUGCCAAAAACACUACUUUACGAGCUCCGCCGCCGGAAAAUCCAACUCCGGUUGCUAAAAACGCAACCUUUGAAUCUCCGGUCGUAAACGGAACCAAACCUCUGCUUCCAGAUAAGUCCCCGACAGGAUCGAGCAAUCAGACACGAACCAUCACCACCGACGAUGUUCGAAACCAUACAUCAGCUCAAUCUCCGUCGAAAGCGCCCGCGUCGGUGAAUCCGACAGCCAAUUCCAGCUCGUCAAGCAGCAAAGGUGAUUCGGUUCCUUCGGUGAAGCAAGAGAUAGAGAAAUGGAGCGCGUCUCUGAAAGACUGCGAGUUCUUCGACGGGGAGUGGAUCAAGGACGAAACGUACCCGCUUUACAAACCAGGCUCGUGUAAGCUCAUCGACGAGCAAUUCAACUGUAUCUCAAACGGAAGACCCGACAAGGAUUUUCAGAAACUCAAGUGGAAACCUAAGAAAUGUAGUUUACCAAGGUUGAAUGGAGGUAUAUUGCUGGAGAUGCUAAGAGGAAGGAGGCUAGUGUUCGUGGGGGAUUCUCUAAACAGGAACAUGUGGGAGUCUUUGGUUUGUAUACUUAAAGGGUCAGUGAAAGAUGAGAGUAAAGUCUAUGAAGCUAGAGGCAGACAUCAUUUUCGUGGCGAGGCUGAGUACUCCUUCGUCUUCCAUGAUUACAAUUGCACUGUGGAGUUCUUUGUUUCACCCUUCUUGGUUCAAGAAACGGAGAUCGUUGACAAGAAGGGAACAAAGAAGGAGACUCUUCGACUUGAUUUGGUUGGGAAGUCCUCAGAGCAAUACAAAGGAGCUGAUAUUAUAGUCUUUAAUACCGGACAUUGGUGGACUCACGAGAAAACAUCCAAAGGGGAGGAUUAUUAUCAAGAAGGAAGCAAUGUGUAUCACGAACUCGCUGUACUCGAAGCGUUCCGUAAAGCGUUAACCACAUGGGGUCGAUGGGUCGAGAAGAACGUGAAUCCGAACAAGUCCCUCGUCUUCUUCCGGGGCUACUCCGCCUCGCAUUUCAGCGGCGGGCAAUGGAACUCGGGAGGAGCAUGCGACAGCGAAACGGAACCGAUCAAGAACGAGACGUACCUAACGCCGUACCCGUCUAAAAUGAAGGUGCUGGAGAGAGUGUUGAGGGGUAUGAGAACGCCCGUCACGUAUCUAAACAUCACCAGAUUGACGGAUUACAGGAAGGAUGGCCACCCGUCUGUGUACAGGAAGCAUAGCUUAUCGGACAGAGAAAAGAAAGCGCCGCUGCUGUACCAAGACUGCAGCCACUGGUGCCUCCCGGGAGUUCCUGACUCUUGGAACGAGAUACUGUACGCCGAGCUGCUCGUCAAACUCAAUCAGCUUGGCCAAACACGACGGAAUCCUUAAAAAAGAGCGUCAAGCGUAUCAAAAUAAUGCCUAAUUAAGUUUCUUGAGGCUUAAGGACGUGGAGAAUAAAUUGCAGCCACAUCUGCGUUUGAUUACGAAGGCAAUUCCGAUGAACGCAGGCAAACCCGAUGAACGCUGAUUUUCUCUGCGUCAAUAAUAUCACCGGCGACACUCCGCAAAAUAACCGCAGCCACACAAAUAAGAAAAGGCGAUGGUGUUAACUAUAAUAUUUUCUUCCUGUUUUUAAGCCGCUGACGCUGCCGCACCGCGUCAAGAAAAAGAACAGGCCUUAGGUUUACUUUGAUAUAUUUGCCACUAUUUUGUUGUAAAUGUUUAUACCUCCAAAGAGAAGUUACGUAUCAGUAUUUUUUAUAAUCGAAUGGGUUGCAUUAAUCGCUGUUAAAAUUGUUUGAUUAUCUCUAUAUAGAGCAUGGCUUUGCGUCUUCUUUGUUUUA